AAAAGCUCGAAUUUGUUUCCUUCUGUAAUUGUAAAACCAAGGAUUUGUUUUCCUCGAGAAAGAGAUUUCCUGGAACUUCAGUGUCCAUUCUUAUCCGAGUUUGUUUUCCUCUAUCCUAGAUUUUCCCUAGAAUUCUCGGCCGUUGGCUGUCUUCCGACGCGAUUUGAAGGGUUUAAGGUCUCUUCGUCGUCGGCGCUAGGGUUUUGGGCCCAAGUCGGCAAGAAGAAGAAAAAGAAGAGGGGUCGGGGAUCAUAGGAUUUUGAGUUUCGGGAUGAAGCUUGCGGGGCUGAAAUCGGUGGAGAAUGCGCACGAUGAGUCGAUUUGGGCGGCGGCAUGGGUGCCGGCCACCGACUCCCGGCCGGCGUUACUCCUUACCGGCUCGCUUGAUGAGACAGUAAAGCUGUGGCGGUCCGACGAGCUGAUUUGCGAGGGUACGAGCACGGGCCACUGCCUCGGUGUCGUCUCCGUCGCCGCCCACCCUUCCGGUGUCGUCGCUGCCUCGGCCUCCAUGGACAGCUUCAUUCGCGUGUUUGACGUGGACAGCAACCAGACGAUCGCCACGCUCGAAGCGCCUCCAUCGGAAGUGUGGAACAUGAGGUUCGAUCCCAAGGGUGAAAUAUUAGCUGUUGCAGGUGGGGGUAGCUCCUCGGUGAAGCUGUGGGAUACUUCAACUUGGCAAUUGAUCGACACAUUGACUGUACCACGGCCCGAUGGAGUCAAGCCAGAUAAAAGUGGCGGCAAAUUUGUGCUAUCUGUUGCUUGGAGCCCGGAUGGGAAGCGGCUGGCCUGCAGCACCAUGGAUGGUGUAAUCUCUGUGUUUGACGUGGCACGUGCCAAGUUCCUGCACCAUCUUGAAGGCCACUUUAUGCCAGUUCGCUCACUCGUGUUCUCGCCAGUGGACCCGCGAGUGCUGUUUUCUGCAUCAGAUGAUAUGCAUGUUCACAUGUAUGAUGCUGACGGCAAAAGCCUGGUUUCAGCCAUGUCAGGGCAUUCGAGCUGGGUGCUAACGGUUGACGCCAGCCCUGAUGGUGCGGCAGUGGCCACGGGCUCAAGCGAUAGAACCGUACGUCUCUGGGAUUUGACUAUGAGAGCUUCUGUGCAGACGAUGACCAACCACACAGACCAGGUCUGGGGGGUUGCUUUCCGGCCUCCAGGAGGAACAGGAGUGCGCGUAGGUAGGCUUGCAAGUGUCUCUGACGACAAGAGCAUAUCCUUGUAUGACUAUUCAUGAAGCUGUAUGCUUUCCGGACCCUGUGAUCAUAUAGAAAUUAUGUUUCACUUGUUAUUUUGUUGAUUAAUUGAAGAGCUUUAGAUUGUUAGGAUAAGAAUCAGACAUCUUUUGCUUGAAAAAAGACUAACAGAACGCAUUGAAGCUGUA